AGCCUGCUCGCUAUUGGUUACUUUGUCCGGAGAGUAACUGGGCGCCAUAGUUAGCUUUGUGGGAGGGCAGAAGUUAGGAGAUUUUGGGGAGGAAAGGUAAGAAAGAGUGGGCACGCACCGAACUCGGUAAGGAAGAAAGCAAAGGUUCCUUGAUGGAUUUGUCCUUUGGAGGAAGCACCAAGCGUUUGAGAAGCAGCAUUCGCGAUUUUGUAGUGUCCGGCACAUUCACAUCCCAAAGCCAAAGAUGGACUUCAAAAGCUGACAAUCAAGAGAACUCGCUAGUGAAAAACUUGGAUGUUGACUUCUAUGAGGCUGUGACUCCCCUCGGUUCAACAGCUGACAGUGUAAGAGAAGACUCGCUGCCCAAUCCAGGCCCUGAGGAAUUUGGGCAUAAUGGGACUGUUGUGUCACAAGUGGUGACUGCCAAAAGGCACAAACGAUGGACCGCUCGAAUUUUGUCAAUGUUGUGCUGCCUUGUGGUCGUUUGCAUUCUGUCUGUUUUGCUGGCAGUCCUCUAUCUUGUUGUACAAGACAUGCGAUCUGGAAGAGAAAUAAAUGAUGAAGGAGAGAAGAUUAGCCUUUUAGGAUUCUGGAGUCUCCUUACCUUGUCCAUACUAGCGGGUCUAUCCUGCUGCAGCUUCUCAUGGACUGUCACCUACUUUGAUUCUUAUGAACCGGGGAUGUUUCCUCCAACUCCCCUUUCUCCUGCACGCUUCAGGAAAAUGACUGGCCAUUCCUUCCACAUUGGCUAUACUAUGGCAAUACUCAAUGGCGUUGUGGCAGCUCUGACAGUUCUCUGGUGUUUGCUAUAAUCGUACUCGCUAUAAUCGUACAGCACUUUUUCCAAGCAAUGCCUAUUUUAUAAAGGGACUAAUUGAUCCAGAAUGUUGUAAAACAGAACAGAUUUUUGUAUAUAGAGAAAUAAUUUUAGCCAAGUCAAAAAGUUUGGGAACCCCUUUUAUUUCUUUGGAGUUUUGUUUAUCAUUGGCUGAGCUUUCAAUGUAACAACUUCCUUUUAAUAUAUAACAUGCCUUAUGGAUCAGUAGUAUUUCAGCAGUGACAUAGUUUAUUGGAUUAACAGAAAAUAUGCAAUAUACAUCGUAACAAAAUUAGACAGGUGCAUAAAUUUGGGCACCCCAAAAGAGAUAUUACAUCAAUACUUAGUUGAGCCUCCUUUUGCAAAUGUAACUGCCUCUAGACACCUCCUAUAGCCUUUGAUGAGUGUCUUGAUUCUGGAUGGCAUUAUUUUUGACCAUUCAUCCAUACAAAAUCUCUCCAGUUCAGUUAAAUUUAAUGUUUGCCGAGCAUGGACAGCCUGCUUAAAAUCAUCCCAUAGAUUUUCGAUGAUAUUCAAGUCAGGGAACUGACAGCCAUUCCAGUAUAUUGUACUUCUCCCUCUGCAUAAAUGUCUUUGUAGA